AUGCAGCACGAUUUCCACCUGAACGUCUUUGCAUGAUCUGCCUUCAUCACCUCAUUCCACAUGUUUUCAGAUACCGUACCGUCAGCAGGCUGUGACCAGAAACCACCGUAACUACCAGGGAAUCCCUCAAACACGCGUUCCUCAUGGUUGCCACGUCUUCUGUUUGGAAUGCCUGGCCAGAGUGUUUCUCGGGUCUCCGGCCUUCCAGCUGUAUCUCCUCGUCGCUUGGUGCAUCGGACUAUGGGGGCUCAUGAGUCUUCAGAAGCCACAUCCUACUAAAGAAGAAGAGAGUUGGUUUUCCAUUCUGCUGAACAGAAAACCUGCGCACUUUCAGAAGAAGACUUUUUGCUGGUCGCUCUCUUUUCCAUCUACCUGCUAUCUCAGGUCUCCGGUCUGUUAGCAGUUAUCUUCAAAGCACAGAUGCUCUUUGUUCCCUAUGCCGUCAUUCUGGUAAGAUUCCCGAUUGUGUCCGCUGCUCACUUACGGUUCAGGCAGUCGUCACAAUCGCCAAUAUCAUCGUCUUCUGCAACUCUUCUUACGUUCAAAUUGCAGGGCUUCUCAGACUCGCAGGUUUAAUGAAUUUAAAUCUAAAUUCAACAUUGCACAAUUCAUUUUGUUCAGACGCACCGAAACUCAUUUUCGAAACCAAGUACGUGCCUGUUCUGAUCGUUUCCUGCGCUUUUCUCGUUUACAACUUGCUCUGUUUCGCCUCAAUGACACACGUCGGCAUGAACUUCGAAACAAAGCGAGUGAGUCCUCAGUUAACUGCUUCCGAAAGUGAAUCACAUUCAGAUUCUGGCCGAGCAACGACGCCGAGAUAUAAUUGCUCACAACGCGAGAAUCUACGAACGCCUUGUCAGAUUGAGCACUUCGGAGCAGCCGGUGACUGCGAUUAACGUGGACAGUCCUCCGAAGUACUCGGUCAGUCGGCAUCCGCUUUACUUUUAAUUUGUCCAGUUACAGAGUCUGAAACCAGCUACUGAUGACACUCCGCCGCCUGGUUAUACUCAUUGUAUGGUUUCCACGGAAUCAGAAGAAGGUGGAGCGAACGAACAGGACGAAAAGGAAGGAAUUGAGGGAGAAGGGAAGAAAGGAACCUUCCGCAGGGCUCUCUUCCAAGAUCCAUCACCUGUCUAA